AUGGCCUCCACCCUGCCGAUGCCCGCCGUGGCGUCGUCGCUGGUGGACACCCUCUUCCAGCGCUCCCUAAACAACCUCAUCAAGUCCCUCCGCAUUGACCCGUCAACCGCCGGUGAGGCCACGGCCGUCGCCCACGUGCUCUCCGAGAUCCACCGCGAGAUCCGCGCCCCCAACACCGCCACAAAGUCCGUCGCGCUGCAGAAGCUCACCUACCUCUCCUUGCUCCACUUCACCCCCAUCGGCUCCCACCCACUCACCUUCAUCACCAUCGAGCUCCUCGCCUCACCGCACCUAGCCCACAAGCGCCUAGCCUACCUCGCCGCGUCCCUCUCGCUCCACCCGGCCUCGCUCUCGCUGCUCUCGUUCGCCAUGCACCAGCUCCACAAGGACAUCUCCCCCUCUGCCUCCCCAUCCGCUGGCGUCGCCCACCAGCAGCACGUCUCUGUGCUCGAGCUCUAG